AUGGAGCCAGAAGAAAGUAUUGAUGAGGAGUUCCCCAGUGAAUGCUUCCACAGUUUGGAUGGAACAGACCCAGCGAUUCCCCACCUCCAGUCUCAGAUUACCCUCCGACUUCAUCAACAGUUGACGAAGGAGAAUUGUGAAGGUGCCAAGCAUCUCUUGAAGCUGCAAAACCAGAGCGGUGGCCAUACCCUCUUCCAAGAUAUACAGAAGCCAUCCCAGGACAAAUGGGGUAAAACCCUGGACACCAUGGAAAUAGCACUGGCCGUGGUGAAGAACCAGGCCCUUCUGGAACUGCAUGCUGCAGAUUCUGACAACACAGAUCUCCAUAUUUAUGACUUUCUGAAGAACCAUUUCCUGGAAAAGGAUGUGAAACUUCUGAAGUGUUUAUCUAACCAACAUUAG